AUGACCAACGACAACGAAACUAAAGAGCUUUUCUACCAUUCGCUAGACAGCCUGCUCUCCGAGACCCCUGUUGCGGACAAGCUCAUCCUACUAGGAGACUUUAAUGCCAGAGUGGGAAAAGAACAUGAGACAUGGCCUCAAGCGCUAGGAAAGUUUGGAAAAGGGAAAAUGAACUCAAACGGCGAGCUGCUUCUAACAAAGUGUUCUGAACACGAUCUAGCCAUCACAAACACAUUCUUUAACUACUCAGACAAGUGGUAUCACUCCUGGAAGCAUCUAAGAUCUAAGCACCCUACUCUCUUGGAUUACAUCAUUACUAGGAUGUGUGAUCUGAAGGAUUUCUGCAGCACCAGAGCUAUGAGAGGAGCCGAGUGCACUACUGACCAUUUCAUGAUUCGGUCCAAGUGUCACAUUAAACCAAAACCUCCUUCUAUGAAGAAAAAACGGUCCAAACCCCCAAAGAAAAUGAACGUGAAAAAGUUGAAGGAACAAAGUGUAAAGGACCAACUUGUAACUGCGAUCAAUGAUAAUCUCCAAACACUAUUAACUGGUACCAGUGAUAAACAGUGGAGAGCCCUGAAGAAUGCAGUCUUUAGCGCUGCAUCAGAUGUCCUUGGCAAACCUACUAGGAAACAAACAGAUUGGUUUGAUGAAUCAAAUGAAGAAAUCAUGGAACUUGUCAACGAAAAGAAUUCGCUGUUCCACAGGACACUAGAUAAUAGAUGUACCAGAGGGACAAGAAACAAAUACAAGGACGUGAAAUCUGAACUUCAAAAGAAACUCCGACAAAUGAAAAAUGACUGCGUGCUCCAUGCAGAUGGUAUACCACCGGAGGUCUGGACAUAUGGCGGACCAGCACUGAGAAACCAACUGUUACAGCUUUUCUGCAACAUCUGGUCAACAACAGCAGAAGUUUCCCAGGAUUUCAAAGACGCGACCAUCUACAAAAGAAAAGGGGACCGUGCAGAAUGUGGAAACCACAGAGGAAUUUCACCACUAUCAGUUGCAGGAAAGAUACUGGCCAAAAUUCUGCAAUUUCGACUACAGACCCUUGCUAAAGACAUUCUUCCUGAGAGUCAGUGUGGAUUCAUAGCCAACCGAUCCACCCAAGAUAUGAUAUUCACACUGCGGCAACUACAAGAAAAGUGUGCUGAACAGCGUCAACCGCUCAUAGUCACCUUUGUUGAUUUCAGCAAAGCCUUUGACACGGUUCACAGAGAAACAUUGUGGAAGCUAUUGAGUCGCUAUGGUUGCCCAGAAACUUUCAUCAGAGUUUUACGGAGUUUCCACGACGGCAUGUCUGCCAACAUCUGCUGUGGUGAUGGAUGUUCAGACUCAUUUAGUGUCGGAUACGGCGUGAAACAAGGGUGUGUUCUUGCGUCAACUCUAUUCACUAUUUUCCUUGCUGCAGUCCUAAAGAGCAUGCCAGAAGAACUUGGUGAUAUCAGCAUCCGAACCAGAGGUGAAGGAGAUCUUUUCAACCUCAGGCGCCUCAAAGCAAAGAGUAAAACACGGGAAAAACUGAUUCGAAAGCUGCUUUUUGCAGAUGAUUCGGCUCUUGUAACUCACAGUCUUCAGGCAAUGCAAGCAUCAAAGCGAUUUGGACUAACGAUCAACACCAAGAAAACAGAAGUCCUAAUUCAAGACACCAAAACACAAAGCUUGACCCUCGUGAAGUGCUCCUGA